AUGCUUAAAUAUCGUGAACCAGUAUCAGCAUUUGCAGUGUAUGCUGUGAAACGUAAGAAUACGGAAUUAUCAUCAAAUUCAAAGAAAUUAAAAAGAAAGCAUAUUUCUUCUGAGAAAAAAGCAGUUUCAAAGAAUAGCACAAAACUGCAAACACAAGAAAACAUAAAACAAAUACCUGUGCACAGAAAUAUUCAAGAAAAAAGCAAAGUUUCUACAAAUAAAAUUCAAAACACAAAUAAAAAAGUAAUACCUAAAAAGAUUAGCAGCUCUAUUAUGAGUUCUAAGAAAAAUAAAUCAAUUCAAAACCAAACACACAAAAGAAAUGAUAAAAAAGUAAUCUUAAUUUCUGGUUCAAAAGGAACCGAAUCAAAGAAAAAAUUAAAAAGUUCCCUGUUGACAGUAAAUUUGGGUGUUGCAAAAAUGAAACAAAUUGGACAAAAUGAGAGAAAACAGAUCAAAAGUAAAAAGUUACCAAAAAAAAUUAUCCAAGAAACUGUUAAUGCUAAUUGUGGGACAACUGAAGAAAAUCAUGAGAAUCCUUUAAAAACAAGUCGAUCAAUAUUUGAAUGGUUAAUACAUCCUAAACUCAGACAAAAUUGGGAAAGAGCACCUGUUCAGAUAAAGAGGAAUUUUCCUAGGUACUAUAAGAUUCUUAUGUCCACUCCAAUGUUGGAUAAGAUAUUAAGAGAAUCUUAUAUUUUAUUUACAAAAAAUAUUGAUAUUACUUCAUAUGAAAAUGGUGUGAGACAAACACUUAAUCCUUCUGGUCGUGCAAUUCCAAGUGUUGUUUGGGACUAUUACAUGAAUGGAUGUUCUGUUAGAAUGUUGAAUCCACAAACAUAUAUACCAAAACUACAUUUGUUAAAUGCUACACUUCAGGAAUUUUUUGGCUGCUUUGUUGGUGCAAAUUCUUAUCUAACACCCCCCAAUAGUCAAGGUUUUGCACCACAUUAUGAUGAUAUUGAAGCCUUUAUAUUACAAAUUGAAGGUAAAAAGAGAUGGAGACUGUACAAACCACGAAAUGAAAAUGAAUACUUGCCGAGGUAUUCUUCAGAAAACUUUACGCAAUCCGAAAUUGGUGAACCUAUAUUAGAUACAGUUUUAAAUGCGGGAGAUUUGUUAUAUUUUCCACGUGGAACAAUACAUCAAGGUGAAACUAUUGAUGACACACAUAGCCUUCACAUUACUCUAAGCGUCUAUCAAAAAAAUAGUUGGUGUGACUUUUUGGAAAAGUUACUUCCAGAUGCAUUAAAGACUGCUACAGAAACAAAUAGUGAAUUUCGAAAAGGAUUACCUAUUGAUUAUUUAAGAGACAACGGUUAUACGUAUUCUGGAAUUCAGAAUAGUACCAAAACGGAAUUCAAGGAAAAAGUUAAAGAUUUAUUCAGUAAAUUAAUAGAAUAUAUUGAUAUAGAUAAAGCUGCAGAUUUAAUGGCAAAGAAUCAUAUCCAUGACUUCUUACCACCCGUUCUUUCGGAUAAUGAACUGGAAUGUUCUGUUGUCCAAGAUGGUGAAAGGAUGAUUGCAAAUGGAAUCGUUGAAAAUAGGGUAGAGAUAGAACCUGACACAAGAAUUCGAUUAUUAAGGUCUCAUUGUAUAAGGUUAAUUGAAGAGGAUGAGACAUUUAGGAUGUAUUAUUCUACUGAAAAUUCUAAGGAAUAUCAUGAAUUUGAACUGCAAUUUUUAGAUGUUAGUCAAGAAUUUGUACCUGCAAUACGAGAAAUAAUAUUACGAUAUCCUGAGUUUAUACGUGUAGAAGAUCUACCAAUUGAUGGUGAAGAUAACAAAGUACAGAUAAUCAAGGAUCUUUGGGAAAAAUGUCUUAUUGUAACGGAUAAUCCUUUAUGUGUGUUGGAAUAA